AUGGGUCUUUUUAAAGCACUUGAUACUAUUGUUCAUGGCGGCGUCCAACAGCCGGAUUCCUAUGAUAAAAAGAAAAACUAUACAUUCUCUGAAGUACUAGGCAGUGGUUCUUUUGGUUCAGUGAAAAAGGCCAUUCGAGUCAGUGAUGGCAAGGAAGUAGCCAUCAAGAUCAUCCCUAAACGAAAUGUCAAGAACCAUUUUGACAUGGUCAAAGAUGAAGUUGAUGUGCUGAGCAAAUUAUCACACCCCAAUGUCAUUGGAUUUUACGAUACGUUUGAAUCCAGAGACAAAUUUUAUCUUGUUUUUGAACUGGCUACAGGAGGAGAGUUGUUUGAGCGAUUGUUUGAUAGAGGAAAGUUCACUGAAAAGGACGCUGUGGUUGUCAUUCGAUCCGUGCUGACAGGCUUGGAGUAUUUGCACAAAAACAACAUUGUUCACAGAGAUAUGAAGCCCGAAAAUUUGCUAUUUAAAACACCUGAUUCUGAUGCAGACUUGGUUAUUUGUGAUUUUGGUAUCGCAAAAUUAAGCUCUCAAACAUCUGCUCUAGAAACUGUGUGUGGUUCGCCUGGUUAUGUUGCUCCCGAAGUCUUGGCUCAAAAGGGAUAUGGGCCACCCAUUGACAUGUGGGCUGUUGGUGUCAUUACAUACACUUUACUAUGCGGCUAUCAACCAUUCCAAGCAGAAGAUCAAGUGGAGCUGAUUGACGAGAUUACACACGCACGCUACGAUUUCCACGAGAGAUAUUGGAGGAACAUUUCGGUGGAAGCCAAGGAUUUCAUUCGCUCUCUGUUGACAUUGGACACUGAAAAGAGAUUAACAGCUACAGCUGCAAUGAAACACAAGUGGAUGACUAGCAGUGAUAUCAACGAUAUCGACAUUUUGGAAACUGUGCGUGAGAAUUUCAACCCUCGUAGAACUCUAAAGAGCGCUGUAGGUGCUGUGCGUGCAAUGAACAGAUUAAAGGCUGCCUCUGUUUCUGCUGGUAGUGAUAAGAAGGCGUCGCCUGCGGGUGAUCUGACUGCUGCUGCUGCAUUCUCAAAGGCCAUUGCUCUUCAAAAGCAGCAAAAGCAACAAGAAUCAUCAGCUGCUGCUACUCCUGAUUCUUCUGCCGUUGCUGUCGCUGCUGUCUAG